AUGGCUCUUAUCCAGGCCAAGCCAUUCCGCCUGGCCCUCCUCCAGCUCUCUGGCCUCUCCGCCAACAAGGCGAGCAACAUUGCCGUCGCGCGCAAGGCAGUCGCUGCCGCCGCUGCCUCGGUUCCCAAGCCCGACCUCAUCGUCCUCCCCGAGAUCUGGAACAGCCCGUACGCCGUCACUGCUUUCCGCGAGUACUCGGAGCGCGUCCCCAACGUCAAGGAUGGCGCCGAGGUCCCCGGUAGCCCCGAGGGCGAGACUGUCACUGCCAUGCGCGAGAUGGCGCGCGCGGCGGGUACCUAUCUGAUCGGCGGCUCUAUUGCCGAGCACGAGCCCGAAAGCGACGCAAUCUACAACACGCUCACGGUGUAUGACCCACAAGGCCGCAUGGUCGCCAAACACCGCAAGGUGCACCUGUUCGACAUUGACAUCCCUGGCCGCCAGACGUUCAAGGAGAGCGAUACACUCACGGGCGGCAAGACGCUCAACUCGUUCGACACGCCGUUUGGCAAGAUUGGUGUUGGCAUCUGCUACGACAUUCGCUUCCCCGAGAUGGCCAUGAUCGCCGCGCGCCAGGGCUGCGCCGCCAUGAUCUACCCGGCCGCAUUCAACACGACCACUGGGCCCAUGCACUGGACUCUGCUCCAGAGGUCACGAGCCAACGACAACCAGAUCUACGUUGCCAUGUGCUCGCCCGCGCGUCACCCCGAGGCAGCUUACCAGGCCUACGGGCACUCAUCGAUCGUCGACCCUCUCGGUAACGUCAUCGCUGAGGCCGAUGAGAAGGAGGCGAUCGUGUACGCCGACAUCGACACAGACCUGCUCGCCACGACGCGCCGCAAUCUACCCGUGACCGUGCAGCGGCGGUUCGACGUGUACCCGGACGUUGCAAAGUGA